UAUAUAAAACCCAGCCUUUCGCACUGAAGACUGUGCGCUGUUAGAUCUAGACCUACAGUGUCCUCAUCCUGGUCUAGUUGGAAUCCGCCUUCAGUUUGAGCCUUGAGGAGACAUUUUAUAACUUUCAAAAUUCAACCAUGUUGCGAGUUGCAGCUCAGACGCUUCCAAAAAACUGUGUUUUGACUCAUUCAAGACCUGUGGUUAUCGGUUCAUCUCGCCACACCUCUACAAUCCAAAGUGAUGAGGAGCCAAGUUUUUUCGAACAAGUUGAACUUUUUUUUGACAAAUCUGCUAACCUGUUGCAAGAUCGAUUACUUAAAAAAAUUAAAGGAAAAAAUCUAACCCUAGACGACAAAAAAAAAGUUGUGGACGGCCUGCUCAGAGUAAUCAAGCCUUGUAAUCAUGUAAUGGCGGUAAAUUUUCCAAUCAAAAGAGAUAAUGGAACUUACGAAAUGAUUGAGGCAUACAGAGCCCAACACAGCCAGCAUAGGACACCUUGUAAAGGAGGUAUCCGCUACAGUAUGGAUGUUAACCUGGACGAGGUGAAAGCUCUGGCUGCCCUGAUGACCUACAAAUGUGCUGUGGUUGACGUCCCUUUUGGAGGCGCCAAGGCAGGAGUUAAAAUCAACCCUUCAGAUUAUUCUGUCAAUGAACUGGAGAAAAUUACCAGGCGAUUCACAGUUGAACUAGCCAAGAAAGGCUUUAUAGGUCCAGGUAUUGAUGUGCCAGCCCCUGACAUGGGGACCGGUGAGAGAGAGAUGAGUUGGAUCUCUGACACUUACUCCAACUCAUUAGGUCAUGGUGACAUUAAUGCUAGAGCUUGUGUCACUGGCAAACCAAUUCCACAGGGAGGAAUCCAUGGGCGUAUAUCUGCAACAGGAAGGGGACUGUACCAUGGACUGAGCAACUUUAUAAUGGAGGCCAGCUAUACAAGCAUGGUGGGCUUGACCCCAGGCUUUGGAGAUAAGACCUUCAUCUUGCAGGGCUUUGGUAAUGUUGGUCUCCACUCAAUGCGCUACUUGACCAGAGCAGGUGCUAAAUGUAUUGGGGUCAUGGAAUAUGAUGGCAGCAUCUACAAUCCUGAUGGCAUCAGUGCUAGGGAAUUGGAAGAUUACAAAAUUGAAAAUGGUACCAUUGUAGGUUUUCCAAAUGCCCAACCAUAUGAAGGUAACUUGCUGUAUGAAAAGUGUGACAUUUUGGUACCUGCUGCCAGUGAGAAACAGAUCACUAAAGACAAUGCUGACAAGAUACAGGCUAAGAUCAUAGCUGAAGGAGCUAAUGGCCCUACCACAAUGGCUGCUGAUAACAUUCUUGUCAAGAAAAAUGUACUCAUUAUUCCAGAUCUGUACAUCAAUGCGGGAGGUGUGACAGUCUCCUACUUUGAGUGGCUCAAAAAUCUCAACCAUGUCAGUUAUGGUCGCCUAACCUUUAAAUAUGAAAGAGACUCCAAUUACCAUUUGCUAGAAAGUGUCCAAAAAUCUUUAGAGCGCAAGUUUGGCAAAAAUGGAGGCAAGAUUCCAGUAGUUCCCAGUGAAGAGUUUGAGAAAAGAAUUGCUGGUGCAUCAGAAAAAGAUAUCGUCCACUCUGGUCUUGAACAAACCAUGGAAAAAUCAGCUAGAAAAAUUAUGAAAACGGCAAUGGAAUAUAACCUUGGGCUUGACAUUCGUACAGCUGCUUACAUGUGCAGCAUAGAAAAGAUCUUUGACGUAUACCUAGAAGCUGGACUUACUUUCACGUAAAGCCAUCUAAGUGUGGACACCACAAAAUGGUGGCUGCCAACUCAGUGGACUUUGUUAACAUGGCUGCCUGUUAGAUGAUCUGACCAAUGGGAGGAUUGCUUUCAAUUUUUCUCAAAUAUAUUAUCCAACAAUUUUACUCAAUGAGUCUCCACAAUUUCUCUCCCCCCCCCCCCCCCCCUUCCCGGUACAUGUCCAUGAGUUCAAAGUUUAAGAUAGCUCCACUUAUGUAUAGCCAUUACUUGAGUGUAUUGUUUAUCAUGUAAUUUAUCUUUGCGUCACUUUAGUGUAUGAUUUGUUUAUCUCAAGUUUCUUGUAUUGGGUCUUACAAUAAGGGCUGUUUACAUCCAUCACUUGGUACAAAAGUUUUGCUGUCAGACAGUAGUAGCAUACAUAUUUUUACAUUAUGCCAAUAAACCAAAGAAAUAGC